AUCGAUAUGAAUCUUUCUUUUUCGGCGAUCAUUACUUGGGAAGACGGGUUGCAGCGUUCCUGAAUAUACUUCAGGUUUCGUUCCCCGGGAUUCCGUAGUCCUGUUUGUUUAUCUGCAUGAGUCACUGCAGUUUUUCCUAUCGCCAGCUGUGGCCCGGGAGCAGAAUAAUGGAAGGAGACAGCUAAGCUUGGAUCAAGUAACCAUCCGUGGAACGAUGUCGGGUUUCAGAGAUACCUAUAAUAUGUACUUGGGCGGAUACUGGUGUUUACGCUUUCUUCCAGUGCUUUCAGGCAACCCAGGAGCAACAUCAGAGUCGCCUUACCUCUCAUCCAGCUGAUUCAACUUCAAUACCUUUUUUUCUGGCAGCUUCUGUUGCAGUUUACUCAGGAUGUAUGCUCGACGGAACUAAGAUCAAGAACACAGAGCCACAUGUCUAUGGCAGAUCAUGCAGGUCAACUACCCCAACUGAGGGGUAUUCCGGUUGACAGUUAGGAUGGGAUGCAGAGUAUGUGGGCACAGUCUCACAAUGCCAUUUAUUUCUAAACCCAAGCAUGAAGGAUUUCCGCAUAAUUUAAGUAUGUUUGCUAGGAGUGCUCAACAGCCGGGCCCAUGUAAGGCAGGGGUAAAAUGGUUAAAAAAGAGGAUAGGUAGGCAUUGCAAUCAAAAUUGACCUAAACCCAAAGCUCUGCA